AAUCAGCAGCAGCAGCAGCCUCAGUCUUCCCAAGGAACAAGAUACCAGACAAGACAAGCAGUGAAAGCUGUACAGCAAAAAGAAAUUACUCAGAGUACUUCAACGUCAACUAUCACCCUGGUUACAAGCACUCAGCCUGUUUCUAUAGUAACCAGUUCUGGAUCAGCAAAUACACUUUCAUCUUCAGUUAAUACAGACUUGCCAAUAGCAACUGCUUCAGCAGAUGUGGCUGCAGAUAUUGCUAAGUAUACUAGUAAAAUGAUGGAUGCUAUAAAAGGAACAAUGACUGAAAUAUAUAAUGACCUUUCAAAAAAUACUACUGGAAGCACAAUUGCUGAGAUUCGUCGUCUGAGAAUUGAAAUUGAAAAGCUUCAGUGGUUACAUCAGCAAGAGCUCUCAGAAAUGAAACAUAAUCUGGAACUCACAAUGGCGGAAAUGCGACAAAGCUUAGAGCAAGAAAGAGAUCGUUUAAUUGCAGAAGUGAAGAAACAACUGGAAUUGGAAAAGCAACAAGCUGUGGAUGAGACCAAAAAGAAACAGUGGUGUGCCAACUGCAAAAAAGAGGCCAUCUUUUACUGUUGUUGGAAUACCAGCUAUUGUGACUAUCCUUGCCAACAAGCUCAUUGGCCAGAACAUAUGAAAUCUUGUACACAAUCAGCUACUGCAACACAGCAAGAGACAGAUAGUGAAGUUAGUUCAGAAACAUUAAACAAAGCAUCCCAACCUGGUUCCAGUGCACAGCCUGCACCUACAGAAACAACCAGUGCUCCAAAAGAAAAAGAGGCAGCUGUGGAAAAAAGCAAGGAAAGUGUUACGAUAGCAACAGGUGUGACAAGCAGCCAGCCUAUAAAGUUGGUCCAGGUACCGCAGACCACUACCUAUAUACCAACUACUCAACCCACAAUUACCAUUCCGGUAGUGGUAAGUCCUACAGCUGGGACUGUGGCAAUGAGAACAGGAGUUCAGUACGUUCAAACGACCAUGCCUGUCCAAGUACGAAGAGUCUAACUGCUAAUAAAGGAGACCAGGCAACUGUUGGAAUAAUAAUAAUCUCUUCAUUAGAAAUGUGAAAAAAAAUGCCUACAGUUUUUUGGAUUAACCUCAAAGGUUGAGACUUUUACUUUUGUACAUGUGUACAAAGCAUUAACUACACUACAUUAAUGUAAAGCAUUAGUGUUGGCUUUAAAAAGCCGGAGGACUGAUAAAAUUGAUGAUAAAUCUAUACUGUUGUAAAUUAUGUACAAUUUGUGGAUGACAUUAAGAGUGCCAUCCCUUUU